UCUGGGCCCCACACCCUUUUUGCCAGUCCACUCAAACACACCACGUACUGUUGGGAGGAGGAAUGGAAUGAGACUUCAGAUUUUAUAGCUCCAGGUCACAUGCACUGCUUCAUAAGAGCUGCCCGACCUCCUAGCACAGCAGUGGCUAGCCAGGCUGCGCAAGGGGAAGCAAGGAUGUGGAACUCCACCUCAAGCUUACUGCCCCCUCCGGAGUCCCGGGACCUGUUCCUGCAGCCCCUCUGGGACCACAUCCUCCUCCACCACCGUGCCCUGGUGUCUUCCCCCUUCCUGCCCGUCUUGCUGGCCUUCUCCAGCUACGUCCUCUUCAGUCUGCCCUUUGCAGUGCUGGACCUCCUGGGCGAGAGGGCGCCCGUGUUCCACCGCCACAAGAUCCAGAAGGGGCGGCGGCCCACACCGCGGAUGAUGGCGGCCAGUUUCGGCCGGGCGGCCUACAACCACCUGGUGUUCGUGGUGCCCGCCGCCCUCGUCGGCGGCCUCGUGGUGCCUCCGCCCACCCUGCCUGACUCCGCCCCCACAGUCAGGGAGCUGCUUGCCGGUCUGCUCGCGACCCUGUUGGUCUUCGACACCCAGUAUUACAUCUGGCACGUGGUGCACCACAGGAACCGUCACCUGUACAGGUGGGUGCACGCCCUCCACCACGACUACGUCGCGCCUUUCUCCUGGGCCGCCGAGCACCUGAGCGCGGUGGAGCUCAUGACUCUGGGAUUCUGGGGCAACCUGGACCCCAUCCUGCUCCACUGCCACCCCUUGACCAUCUGGGUGACCACCGUCGUCAGCAUCUGGCUGUCCGUGGAGGACCACAUUGGCUAUGACCUGCCAUGGACCCUCAACCGGCUGGUGCCCCUGGGCCUGUUUGGGGGUGCACCAGCCCACGACAUGCACCACCAGAAGCCCAACAGCAACUUUGCACCCUUCUUUUGCCACUGGGACAGGAUCUUUGGUACGGCUGCCAGCUUAGAGACAGAGACUGACAAAAUCCUCUGCAGAAAAGAAAACUUCUAACCACCAACACAAAUCAGAUUCACCGUUUUCAUCUUUUUUCUCUUUUUGAUGGGUUUCAGGGUUUAAGAAGCUUUAAAUACGAAUAUUUGAUUUAUUAUGCUUUUCAUUAAAUGUAUUAUCUUGUUUUGCUGCUUGUUCCUAAGAUAUGUUUUUGAUAUGUAUUAAAAGAAAGUUCCUCUGAAUGUGGUACGUUGUUCGCCCAACUCAAGAUCUUAAGGCAGCCAGGUUACUCGUUAUUUUAAGUAGAGCCACCUUGAAAUUAUUUUACAGUGCUAUCAGCCAAAUGAACCCUUUCAUCUUCGGGCAAUGCUAGAGUCAACUGUGCCGUGCCCUGGGUGGCUUCAGGGCACAGUCAGCCCUGGCACGAUCUGGAGUUGUUACCAGGCUGUGGGGUCCAUCCAUGCACUAGAACAGUGCCUGAACAGGAGGAUCCACCCAGCAGUCCCCAGCGUUUAUUUAUUGGUCAGGCUUUGGGGUGUGCAGUAGGCCUUGGACAGAGUAUAAGAGUUAAUUGCUCUUGGCAUAUGGGGUCAGCAACUAUGAAUUAAAUUCAGAGGCUGCACCAUUUACCACCUUAUAUGACAUUAACGUGUUGUGUUAUAUGUACUGCGGGGAUUCUGACCUGUUGAAGUAGAACAGCCUCAAGUCCUAUCACGGCAGUGAUUCUGCA